AUGUCUGACAAGACGAGGCAGUCGUCUGGUGGACGCUCCAUCUUCUCCCGCAGCAAGAACAAAGAGAAGCGCGCCGCCGAUACCGAAUCAUAUGAUGCUCUCAGUACUAUAAGCUCUCGCUCCUCCCGCCAUAACCGCGACUCAUCGGCUGUUUCCAUCGAUGGACUCGCCUCAUCCGAUCCCAGCAUGGGCAUCAUGCCAGGCGCCAUUACCUCCAUCGCGUACGAUGCCACCGCUCCCGGCUCGCGCUCGCCUAUACCCGUCGAAUACCUCCCCAAAGCUGACCAAAUACCCGUCCGUAGAGAACCUUUGCCUCACCAGCUGAAUAAGGGUCACGACUUCCACCAAUACCCAACCUUUGACCCCUCCAUCGGCAAUGCUGGCUCGCACACCUCCAAAAUGCUACCACCCGCAAGCAACGUGACCAUGGCGAGCACUGGUAGGGUCGCGCAGUUCCAGCAAUGGGGCCCUUCCCGCGGCAGCGUCGCUAGUACAGCGAAUGGAUCUCACACGUCUCGAUAUGAUUCACUGCUCUCGUCCAACAACCGUGUUUCUGACGCCAGCGCCUACUCAGUCCAACCGAGCGCAUCCUCCCUCAGCUCCUACAGUAUACCUCACCGAGAAUCCCACCGUCAUACCAAGCUUUCCGGCCACGGCGCACACGAUACUUUUCACUUUCCGAAGCCUGACGACGACAAUGUCAUCGAACAAAUGUUUGCCCAGCUUAUGCACAGGCGAGGCUGGCACAAUCUGCCCGAGCAGGCUAGACGACAAAUGAUGGCCUACAAACCCGACAAGAAGUGGACGCUACUACACCAAGACCGAUUGGCCGAGUGGCAGGGCGAGCAGAAGCGUCGCAUGACAGCUCGUGUCAGUCAGUUUGCCCAGCCAGACGUUACCACCUACUCUGACGAGGAGGGGACGCCCGAAUGGUACGUACGAAGAGUCAUGGAAGACAAACUAGACGGCAAGGGCAUGGGCAGUCUGGAAGUAAACCUCCGCACGCAGCAGAUUGGCUGGGUCCGUCGCUUUGUCGAGUGCCAAGGUCAAGUUGCCCUCGUCACUCUGCUGCUCAAAAUCAACCGCAAGAUCGCCAACGCGCCGCCGAGUGAGAGCUCCAGGGUUGAGAAGGGGCUCGACCGCGAAUAUGAUAUCAUCAAGUGUCUCAAGACACUUAUGAACAAUAAAUUCGGCGCAGAUGAUGCGCUCAUGCAGCAAAAGGUGCUUCUGGCACUUGGCACAUCGCUUGUAUCGCCCCGUUUGACCACGAGAAAGCUCGUCUCUGAAAUUCUCACUUUCCUCUGUACCUGGGGUGACAAUGGCGAAGGCCACUACAAAGUCAUACAAGCCCUUGACGAGGUCAAGGCCCAGACUGGCGCAAAUGGACGAUUCGAUGAUUGGAUGCGCCUGGUUGAGGCGACUGUCGACGGUCGUGGCAAGAUGGGUAGCAUGGUUGGCGCAAGCGAUGAUAUUCGUACUGGUGGUGUUGGCAUGGAAAACCUACUCAUGGAAUACUCCGUUGCGUCCGUCAUAUUGAUAAACAUGAUGAUUGAUGCUCCGGAAAAGGACCUGCAAUUGCGAAUGCACAUCCGCGCCCAAUUUACAGGAUGUGGCAUCAAGCGCAUCCUGAGCAAGAUGGAAGCUUUCCAAUACGAGCUCCUGGACAAGCAGAUUGAGCGCUUCCGCACCAACGAAGCCAUUGACUACGAGGAUAUGCUUGAGCGUGAAAAUAGCAGCAUCAAGGACAGUAUCGAAGGCGAGGUCAAGGAUCUGAAUGACCCCGUGCAGAUUGCCGACGCCAUCCACCAGCGUCUACAGGGCAGUCGGACCAACGAUUAUUUUGUUUCGGCUCUUCAGCAUUUGCUGCUGAUGCGCUCCAAUGAUGGCGAAGAACGCCUACGCAUGUUUCAGCUCGUGGACGCCAUGCUGAGCUAUGUCGCUAUGGACAGAAGACUGCCUAACAUGGACCUGAAGCAGAGUCUCAACUUUACUGUCCAAAGCUUGCUCGACAAGCUACACACUGAUUCAGAGGCCAGACAAGCUCAGGACGAGUCUCUGGAAUCCCGUCAAAUCGCAGAGGCCGCCAUGGCUGAGCGUGACGAGAUGCGCGCGCGAUUGGAACUGGGUGCAGACGGACUUGUCGCGAAGCUCCAAAAGCAGCUUGACGAGCAGAGUAGAUUUAUCGAUGCUCAAAGACGACAGGCUGAAGGACUCAAGGCCGAACUGGACGGUGCGCAGACGAUCCGUGCCAAGGAAGCGCAACGAAACGAGCUUGAGACCAGAGAACUGUAUCUCAUGCUGCGUGAUGCCCAGGACAUUGCCGCCUCCAACGCUGCCAAGGAUGGUACUUCUAAUGUUCCUAGGGCUACGGCCGGAAUUAACGGCACCGACCCUGAACAAAUGGCGGGCAUUCUUGACCGUCAACGCCUCAUGGAGCGCCUGCAAAUGCAGCUUGAGCGACAGAAAACACAAUACAAGCUCGAAGGCAGGGUAUGGGGUGAGGCUGCCGGGCCUUCUGAUCGUUUGCGCGCUCUGCGUGAAGAAAUGGAAGAUGAAGAAGCCGAGGCCGCGGCCGCCCCUCGCGACUUCACCAAUAGCGUUUUGGGAAGCAUCAGCCGUCAAACUCGUAUCCCUCGCAAGCCCAUCAAUACUAAUGGCGAGGGCCUCGAUAAGGAAGUCAUUGAAGAAGGAUUAGAGAUGGAAGAUGAUGAUGGCGUUGUAUAUGAGCGGCCAAGAAUUGUCGAGUACAAGCGCCCUGUUAUCGAUCCUAAGCAACAAGCUGUUCUUGUGAACGAGCUCGGCAGCAAGCUCAAAAAGUAUGACGGAAGCGACGAUGAGGAUGAAGGUGUCACCACUGGACCUUCGCACCCCAGCCUAGAAUCGUCUGCACCGCGGACACCUGCCGAUACGGACACGCCCAAAGCUGGCUUUGCUACUCCUGCCAAGGGAGCACUCGCGCCAGUUGUCAGCGGCCCUCCCCCCCCACCGCCGCCGCCGCCGCCGCCCAUGCCUGGCCAAAUUCCCGGAGCGCCACCACCGGCACCACCGAUGCCGGGACAAAUUCCAGGAGCGCCGCCGCCGCCGCCACCACCACCGCCGCCUCCCAUGCCUGGCCAGUUCCCCGGCGCGCCGCCUCCUCCGCCGCCACCCCCUCCCAUGCCUGGCAUGAGGUCGCCUGCCAUAGGAGCAGACGGGACAGCCUCGCCCGCAGGAUCUAUGCCUCCGCCACCACCGCCCAUGCCUGGUGCGAAGACGGGCCGUUUCCUCCCCCAACCCACAUACAGUGCUACGCCUAGCGUCGGGCUGCCCGUCGCAAGACCAAAGAAGAAACUCAAGGCGCUUCACUGGGAAAAGCUGGACACACCCGAGACAAGUCACUGGGCAGCGCACACACCAUCUGCAGAGGCACGCGAAGAGAAGUACAUUGAACUUAGUAGGAAGGGUAUCUUGGACGAAGUUGAGAAGCUGUUUAUGGCCAAGGAGAUCAAGAAGAUUGGCGCUGCCACCGGGCGCAAGGAUGAUAAGAAGCAGAUCAUUUCCGCGGAUUUGCGCAAAGCAUACGAGAUUGCACUGGCCAAGUUCUCACAGCAUUCCGUGGAAAAGGUUGCGCAAAUGAUUAUCCACUGCGAUCCCGAAGUCCUUGAUAACGUCGUUGUAAUGGACUUUUUGCAAAAAGACGAUCUCUGCAACAUUCCCGACAACACGUCCAAGCAGAUGGCUCCUUACAGCAAGGAUCUCACCGGGCCAGAUGCGGCCGCUCUGACAAGAGAAAUGGACCCAGCCGACUUGACCAGGCAAGAUCAAAUCUAUCUCUACACUGCUUUUGAGCUACACCACUAUUGGAAGAGCAGGAUGCGUGCUCUGGCCCUGACAAGAAAUUUUGAGGCCGAGUAUGAAGAUAUUUACAACAAGAUGCACCAAGUUGUCAGUGUUUCCGAGUCCCUUCGCGAUUCGGUAUCGCUCAUGAAUGUCUUGGGUCUCAUCCUGGAUAUUGGUAAUUACAUGAACGACGCAAAUAAACAAGCUCGUGGUUUCAAGCUGAGCUCGCUUUCGCGGCUUGGUAUGGUCAAAGAUGACAAGAACGAGUCAACGUUGGCCGAUUUGGUCGAGCGCAUCGUUCGUAGCCAGUACCCAGAGUGGGAAAACUUUUCUACUGAAAUCGGCGGCGUCAUUUCGGCACAAAAGAUGAAUGUCGAACAGCUGGAAACCGAUGCCAAGAGGUAUAUCGACAACAUCCGCAACGUUCAAAUGUCUCUUGACUCGGGCAACCUCAGCGAUCCGAAGAAAUUCCAUCCCGAGGAUCGCGUCAACUUGAUUGUGCAGCGCUGUAUGAAGGAAGCCCGUCGCAAGGCCGAGCAGAUGCAGCUGUACCUGGACGAGAUGAUUCGUACAUUCAAGGAUAUCAUGAUUUUCUACGGCGAAGAUCCUGCCGAUGAAAAUGCCAGACGAGACUUCUUUGCCAAGCUUGCCGGCUUCCUGUCUGAGUGGAAGAAAUCACGGCAGAAGAAUAUGCAACUGGAGGAAACCAGGAAACGAAACGAGGCUUCGAUGAAGCGAAAGCACGCGGCGCAAAAGGCGGCGCAGGCUGCCAUGGAGCCUGGUACGGCCUCUGCCACCAGCACUGGUGCGAUGGAUUCGCUGCUUGAGAAGCUCCGGGCAGCAGCGCCGCAGGCUCGGGACCAGAGAGACCGACGCCGACGCGCGCGUCUCAAGGACCGGCACCAGGUGCGCGUUGCGUCUGGGCAAAAGAUUCCUGAUCUUAACGAGAUUCCCGAGGUGGAACCUGGACUGACUACGUCGGAUCAGAUUAUUCCCGAGGAGGAAGGCAGUACACCCGGACCGUCUGCCGGACCAGCAAGCCCCGAUCUCACGCAGUCGCGCGAUGGUGACAAUGACGUGGCAGACCGGGCGGCUGCUCUCCUACAGGGCAUGCGCGGCGGCGGCGACGGCGACGAUAGCGAGAAGCGUGAAAGCCUACGGAAGGCAAGGCGGCAAACAGCCGAAGAGGAGCGACGCAUGCGCCGUCGCCGCCGCGAUAAGGCCUCUUCGGUGGGCAAUGCAGAGGACGUUGGCAAAUUGGGUGGCGCAGCUGAAGGCGAUGCAUCAAUCGCCAGCUAUGACGAGUCUGGCCGGGCUUCUGUCGCGGAACCUUUGGAAAACGGCCACGAAGGGGAGGAACACAAAUCACCGAGCUGA